CGGAGAAGUCCGGGCCGGCCGGGGACACCGAGCGACGCCCUCGGGGGCGGGGAGGAGAGAGGAUGGCGGCCGCGUCCCGGAGCGCCCCGGGCUGGGCGCUGCUGCUGCUGCUGGCGGCGCUGUGGCCGCAGCAGCGCGCCGCGGGCUCCGGCGUCUUCCAGCUGCAGCUGCUCGAGUUCGCCAACGAGCGCGGCGUCCUGGCGAGCGGGCGGCCGUGCCAGCCGGGCUGCCGCACUUUCUUCCGCGUGUGCCUGAAGCACUUCCAGGCCGUCGUCUCCUCCGGGCACUGCACCUUCGGCAACGUCUCCACGCCCGUCCUGGGCACCAACUCCUUCGCCGUCCGCGACGACAGCCGCGGCGGGGGCCGCAACCCGCUCCAGCUGCCCUUCAACUUCACCUGGCCGGGCACCUUCUCGCUCAUCAUCGAGGCCUGGCACGCGCCCGGGGACGACCUGCGGCCAGAGGCCCUGCCGCCGGACUCGCUCAUCAGCACCAUCUCCAUCCAGCGCUCCCUCACCGUGGGGCAGAACUGGCUGCAAGAUGAGCAAACCAGCACCCUCCCCUUCACCAAGCUGAGCUACUCCUACCGCGUCAUCUGCAGCGACAACUACUACGGGGAGAGCUGCUCCCGCCUGUGCAAGAAACGCAACGACCACUUCGGCCACUACGUGUGCCAGCCGGACGGCAGCCUGUCCUGUCUGCCCGGAUGGACCGAGUACUGCGAGCAGCCGCUCUGUCUCGCUGGCUGUCAUGAACAGAACGGCUACUGCAGCAAGCCGGCCGAGUGCCUCUGCCGCCCCGGCUGGCAGGGCCGCCUGUGUGACGAGUGUAUCCCGCACAAUGGCUGCCGCCACGGCACCUGCACCGCCCCGUGGCAGUGCACCUGCAAGGAAGGCUGGGGCGGCCUGUUCUGCGACCAAGAUCUCAAUUACUGUACCCACCAUUCCCCUUGCAAGAACGGGGCCACCUGCUCCAACAGCGGGCAGCGGAGCUACACCUGCACCUGCGCCCCCGGCUACGCCGGCGUCGACUGUGAGCUGGAGCUCAGCGAGUGUGACACCAACCCCUGUCGCAACGGCGGCAGCUGCGAGGACCAAAAAAAUGGCUACCGCUGCCUGUGUCCGCCCGGGUACUACGGCCCGCGCUGCGAACACAGCACGCUGACCUGUGCCGACUCUCCCUGCUUCAACGGGGGCUCCUGCCGGGAGCACGGCCGGGGGGCCAGCUACGCCUGCGAGUGCCCCCCCGGCUUCACCGGCUCCAACUGCGAGAAGAAGGUGGACAGGUGCACCAGCAACCCGUGCGCCAAUGGGGGCCAGUGUCUGAACCGAGGCCCGACCCGCAUCUGCCGCUGCCGCCCCGGCUUCACGGGCCCCCACUGCGAGCUCAGCGUGGGCGGCGACUGCGCCCACAGCCCGUGCGCCAACGGCGGCACGUGCCACGCCCUGGAGACCGGGCCCGCGUGCGCCUGCCCCGCGGGCUUCUCGGGCCGGCGCUGCGAGCUGCGGGCCGCCGCCGGCGACCCCUGCGCCUCGGGGCCCUGCCUCCACGGGGCCACCUGCUACGCCGGCCUCCCCCCCGACGGCUUCCUCUGCACCUGCGCCUACGGCUUCGCGGGCGGCCGCUGCGAGUUCCCGCUCGGCCUGCCGUCCGGCUUCCCCUGGGCCGCCGUCUCCCUGGGCGUGGGGCUGGUGGCGGUGCUGGUCCUGCUCUGCAUGGUGGCGGUGGCCGUCCGGCAGCUGCGGCUCCGGCGGCCCGAGGACGGCGGCAGCGAGGCCAUGAACAACCUGUCGGACUUCCAGAAGGACAACCUCAUCCCGGCUGCCCAGCUCAAGAACACGAACCAGAAGAAGGAGCUGGAGGUGGACUGCGGCCUGGACAAGUCCAACUGCGGCAAGCAGCAGAACCACACGUUGGACUAUAAUCUGGCCCCGGGCCCCCCGGGCCGGGGCCCCCUGCCCGGGAAAUAUCCCCACGGUGACAAGAGCUUAGGAGAGAAGGCGCCGCUGCGGCUACACAGUGAAAAGCCGGAGUGUCGAAUAUCAGCGAUCUGCUCCCCCCGGGACUCCAUGUACCAGUCGGUGUGUUUGAUAUCGGAAGAGAGGAACGAAUGUGUCAUUGCCACGGAGGUAUAAGGCACGAGGCCACCCACGACACCCAGCGUCGGCCCAGCAGCUGGACUUGCCUUCUGCACUGUUUACAUUGCAUCCUGGAUGGGACGCCUUUACUAUGCACUGUGCUGCUCUCGGGAGGAGGAGGGACCGGCAGGAAUCGGACAGACUGUGAACUUGCCAAGAGAGGGACCGGCCCUGCACACCCGCGGGAGUCCGUCGAACGUCAGAUUGGCAGCUCUGCCAGCCUGGGCGACAGCGUCAGGAGCCAGGAGAACACUGGAGCCGGUUUCCAAGGAGCCACUUGGAUCCGCCCGGCCAGCAGCGGCCUUCACGGGGCUCCAGAGAGGAUCCCUGGCCUGUUUUCCAGAAGAGAGAGGCGGCGGCGGCGGCCGUGGGCUCAGACCCGCUGCGGCCUCCACGGGCGUCGAUGUUUCCCCAAGUGCCUUGGGCCCAGGCUCCACACUGACAGCUGGGCUGACAUCAGGAAGGAGAGGGGCGGCGCGGGCUGGGCUCUGUGGGCGGGAAGGCCACUGGGUGCGGCUCUUGGCAGGGGUUGCCCAGCAGGUGACGCGCACCUGAGGAGACGGGGUGGCUCUCGGCCUCUCACCGGGGCCCCGGGGCCCUGCUGGGGACACCGCGUAGCGUCUCCCUGGCCUGGCUGCCGGGCAGGGGUCGGCAGAUCUUACCCAGCUCCUACCACCCCGUGGCCUUGGCUUCCCGUGAGCAGAUGGGCGGGGGGUCUGGACGGGGGGGGGGGGGCUGCCAGGCGGAGCUGGGAAGCUCAGGGCGGUGAUGGUGGAAAUUCCACCGAGGGAGGAAAUUGGGGGUGCUGCUGCCGCCUGGGCCCCUUUUCCCCACUCAAACGUGUGUUCCCACGACCUGGAGCCGGGGGCUCCGCCCACGUUCGCCCCGGCUUCGAGACCACCCUCGACACCAACCUUCAGAAAGCAAUAAUAUGAGUUUUUAUUUUUUAUUUGUAGUUUAUUUUGGAGUCUAGUAUUUCGAUAAUUUAAAGAAUCAGAAGCACUGACCUUUCUACAUUUUAUAACAUUAUUUUGUAUAUAAUGUGUAUUUAUAAUACG